AUGGACUCUACUCUGGCCCCCAUGGCCGUCGCGCCGAUGGCGGUUCACUCGCACACCAUUGUGUUCCUGCAUGGCCGCGGUGACAACGCGGCCAGCUUCGCGACCUCUUUGCAGCACUCGACCGACUCCCGUCGCCGCACGCUCCGCGCCGCCUUUCCAUCCUUCCGCUGGGUCUUCCCUCGCGCGCCGCUGAGCGAGUGCGCCGCGUUGGGCGGCCAGAAGACGUCCCAGUGGUUUGAUAUCUGGAACGUCACCGACUUCUCGCAACGGGAGCUUCUGCAGGCACCCUGCCUCAAGGACAGCGUCGCUCGCAUCCUCCGGCUCCUCCACGAGGAAGCGGCCUUGCUGGCCGGCAUCAGUCAGGGGGCCGCCACCACCACCCACGCGCUACUCAACCUCAGCUUGCCGGCCCCGAGUUCUACUCAUGCAGACGCAGGGCCGAGGCUGGGGGCGUAUCUGGGCUUUUCGUGCAGGAUGCCCUUUCCGGGGAGAAGCCCGGCCGAGACGCGGGCGAUACUCGGCCUCGGCGACGACGUGCCUACGAGCAACGAGGUCCUGCGCAAUACACCAGUGCUGCUGGAGCACUGCGUCGAUGAUCCUCUGGUGCUCGUCGCCAACGGACGAGUCUUGCGCGACACGCUCGUAGGCUUUGGCGCACAGGUGUUGUGGAAUGAAUAUCAGCAAGGCGGGCACUGGUUCAAUUAG